CCAGCUCACACGUACUCCCCUUUCUCCUGAUGCCCCCGAAGUUUGAUCCCAACCAGGAGAUCACCGUGAUCGUGCGUGCGGUCGGUGGUGAGGUCGCGGCCACGGCGUCCCUGGCCCCAAAGGUCGGUCCCCUCGGCCUCAACGCGAAGAAGAUCGGUGAGGAUAUCGCCAAGUCCACCAAGGACUGGAAGGGCCUGAAGGUUACUUGCGAGCUUCGUGUGAAGAACCGCGUGGCGACAGUGAUGGUGACCCCUUCGGUUGCCUCCCGCCUCAUCCGCGCCCUCAAGGAGCCACCGCGCGAUCGCAAGAAGGUCAAGAACAUCAAACAUAACGGCAACAUCGCCUUUUCAGAAGUCAUCAAGAUCGCGAAGGAGGCGCAACCGAAGUCGAUGGGUGCGAACCUGAAGUCCGUUGUGAUGGAGGUGCUCGGCACCGCCGUCUCCAUCGGCUGCACGAUCGACGGCGAAAGUCCAAUGGAGAUUCAGAACAAGGUCCGGGAGGGAAAGCUGAAGAUUCCGAGCUAAGUGAAAUACUGCAUCAACUCACUCCACUUGACGAGAAUGGCACACUACAGUGUGUGAGUGUCAUUGUUGUUCUUCGUCCGAUGCUUUGUUUUUCCUUUCCUUUCAGGAAUCAUUUCAAACGCAGCUGGUAUGUUUUUCAUUCUUAUUUGCGCGUGAAUACUCGGUGUGAUGGGAAGUGGACAUGCGUGAAGAAUAUUCCCC